AUGACUACGACUUUAUCCAAGAACACAGAUAAUGUCAUCAAUACUCCCGGAGGAACGAUACACGUCAGACCUUAUAGAUCAUCUUCAAAUGCUCAAUUGAAAGCUGUACUGAGUUUCACUCCUAGAGUAUCAAGUUUAGAUAGACACAAUGAGAGAUCUCAAACAGAUGAAUUUAGAGGAUUUUUCGUUUUAUUUUGGAUAGGUCUCGCAUUACUAUUCUUGAGGACCUCAAUUCAAUCAUGGGAAGAAAAUCGUACACCGCUUUCAUGGAAUUUCGGUCGUUUGAUCACUGGAGAUGCUCUGGUUUUAGCUUUAUCAGAUUUAAUCAUGGUUUUAGCAAUGUUCUUCUGCGUACCAUUUGUCAAAGGAUUACAAAAUAGAUGGUUCAGUUAUCAUUGGACAGGUCUGAUCAUACAACAUACCUUUCAAACUCUUUAUCUUGGAACUGCAGUUUGGUGGGGUUACCAUAGACAAUGGUAUUGGGUUCAAUCCGGUUUCCUCGUUCUCCAUGCCAUGUCUUCUAUGAUGAAGAUGCACUCAUACAUGUCUCACAAUGGAAUGCUCGCCACGGUAUUCUUUCAACUACAAGAGGAGAAACGACAGCUUGAAGAAGCAGUCAAACUUGCUCCAGGUGGACGAGAGAAGCUAUUAGAAGAAGCCGCUUCACGUAAAGCUGAUUUGGAAGCUGCCGAAGGUGUUACACCUGUUGGGACGCCUGGAGUAGGUACGCCCGGAGCGAUGACUCCUAGAGUCAGCUUCAGUGGACCCUCAGGUGCUAAUGCAGGAUAUGAAGAUCCAUCUGCAUUACUCAAGAAACAUAUUGCGAAUUUCACUGAGUCCGGUUCUGCUAGUGGGUUCACAACUUCGAUCAAAGAUGGCACACCUGAACCAUUAGGGCCCUCAGCUGAGUUCAGACAAAGAUCAAAUAAAAGAAAAAAGAAAAAUCAAGCUACCGAUGCAUUACCUCAACCAAGAGCAAAUCUACCUUUGGGCACUUCACUAGAACCAUCGCAUAACAGUUUACCUCAUGAACCUAUGCCACCAAGUGAUUUAGCUUGGUCAACGAAUGAACAAAUAGCUUUGUUGGCAAGAAACAUUGACGCUAUGCAAGAAGAGAUCACUUCAAAUGGGGCAAAAGGUUUGGUUUGGCCUCAAAAUGUUACCUAUAAACACUUUGUGGAAUUUGCUUUCUUCCCUACUUUGGUCUAUCAACUUGAAUAUCCAAGGACUGAAACAAUGAGACCUUUAGUAGUUGUAGAAAAGAUUGUAGCUACUCUCGGAACUUUCUCGUUGAUUUACACAAUUACGGAACAUUACAUUUUACCGAUGAUACCUAAACCUGGAGACUCACUCAUCAAGUCAUUCAUCAAUUUGGCUUUGCCUAUGAUGGUCAACUAUCUAUUCAUCAUCUUUGAAUGUGUCUGUACGGGUUUCGCAGAACUCUCUUACUUCGCAGACAGAGAAUUCUACCAGGAUUGGUGGAAUUCAACUUCAUGGGAUCAGUUCAGUAGGAAGUGGAAUAAACCUGUCCACACCUUCCUUCUUCGACAUGUCUAUGCUUCAACGAUGACUGGUCUCCAAUUAUCACGAACAAGCGCCGCAUUCGUUACCUUUUUCCUAUCUGCUUUAUGUCAUGAACUGGUAAUGGCAGUAGUUACAAAGAAAAUCCGACCUUACUUAUUCUUGAUGCAGAUGGCUCAAUUGCCUAUGAUUGCUCUUGGUAGAUUGCCUAUAGUGCGAAGGAACAAGACAGUCGGAAACAUCGUUUUCUGGGCAGGGUUGAUGAGUGGUUUCCCGCUGUUGGCUAUCUGCUAUUUAAUCUACUAA